AUGGAGGCAGCUUUGCAGGAGCUGCAGCGGAUUGUUGGCGAGCAGGCGGCCCAGAUCCAGAGGCUGACCGAGGGCGCCCAGAGACCAGAAGCUCAAGCUGAGGACAGACGGCUUGAGAGCAUAGUUGACACGAAGAUCCUGAGCAGGAUUGGAGUCUUCUCAGGCGCGGACGAGGAAUGGAGGCAGUGGUGUUUCGUGUUCGAGUCGACGGCAGGGCUCGUCGACCUAGAGCAGAUCAUGACGCACUGCGAGAACACGGACGAGACGGAGCUAGGCUGGGCAACUCAAUCGGAGAGAGCCCAAUUGAGGAUGAAGGUGCUGUAUCACUUGCUGAUCGCCACGACGAGAGGCAAAGCUCUCACGAUCCUCCAGAUGGUGCCAAAGAACAACGGUGCCAUAGGUUGGAAGAGGUUGAAGGACGAGUACGAGCCGAAGUCUGGCGGAAGACUGGCGGCGAUGCUGAUGAGCGUGCUCAAGCCAGAGUGGGAGACGGCCAUCAGGGGCGGCAUCCGCAUGUGGGAGGCUGCCUGGAAGGAGUGGGAGAAGAGCGUUUCGCUCUACGAAGCUCAGUCUUUGGAGAAGGUGACGGAAGGCACGAGGUGGGCUCCCGAGGACGUGAAGGCCGUGGUCCGUCAAGCUCUGGGGGCGAUUGGCCAGGACUACCACAAGCUGGCCAAGGUUGUCACGGACUACAUUGCCAGUGGCAAGGUCUACGAGACCACUGGGGCGCCCCGCGGCAUCCAGUACGACGGACCCAUGCCCAUGGACGUCGGCAUGUUGAACGAGAGUGGAGACGUUGGCGGCAUCUUCAAGCCACCGAAGGGGCACGGCAAGCAGGCGAGGAAGGACGCUGGCAAGGGUCGGGACUCAGAUCGCGACACUUGCAAGAACUGUGGCAAACGAGGCCAUUGGUCAAGGGAUUGCUGGGCCCCAGGAGGUGGAGCAGCCAACCAGAUGAAAGGCAAGGGUAAGGACACGAAAGGUGGCAAAGGAGGCAAAGAGAGGAAGAAGUGCGACAAAUGCGGGAAGCCAGGCCACGAGGCCAAGGAUUGCAGGUCACACAUCAAGUGCGACAAGUGCGGGAAGCUGGGCCACAAAGCUUCCGGGUGCAGGCCGAAGCCCGAGAAUGCUGAGGUCAAGAGGAUAGUUAACGAGCAGGACGAGCUGUGGGUCAUGGGCGCCGCCGAGAGCGUGAACACCAUCGACGACGGCAGCAAGUACGUGUGGGUCUCGAUCGACAGCGGGUCGGACGCCGAUGGGUGUCCCCUCGGCUUCGGUCAUUCGAGCGAUGACGUCGAGGACCCCACUAAGGUGGAGCUGAGGACGGCCACCAACGACGAGAUCCAGGACUACGGCGAGCAGAACGUCGGCAUCGCGUUCCUGGACGAGAUUGGCCACGAGGUGAUGUCCACGAACCGAUUUCGCAUCGGUAACUUCAGCAAGCCUGUGCUCAGCUGUGGCAUCAGAGUCAUGAGGGGAGCGGUCAUUCAUUUGGAGACGGGGAACAGCGACAUGGCCCCGCCGGGCGCGAAUGGCGUCCAGAGGAAGAUACCCCUGACAAUCAUCGGGAAGAGCUUCUACGCGAGGCCCGUCAAGUGCGAGCACCAGCUGGAUGAAAAGAUGAAGGUCAAGGGGGCCCUCGAGGAGCGUCAACGGCGACUCCAGGAAGGCAUCGAUCCCGAAGUACCGAGGACGCUGAAGAUCCCAGAGAGGCCCGACGCGGAGACCGUGCGGCAGCACGAGCUUACUCACGCGAAGUUCGAGCCUUGGUGCCUGGAGUGCGUGUUCGGAAAGGGAGAUGCCGCACCUCAUCGGGGAGUUCAGUUGCUUACGGACAAGGAGCCAGAGGAUGCGGCCAACCGCUUCUCCACCACGCUGGCCGUCAUCGACUGCGACACGGGUGUUCCUCUGCAGCUCAGCCUCCCAGAGAAGGGAGGCAACCACGACUACACGGUGACCUCGAUCGUGAGCUUCCUCAGGAGGCUAGGCGCCACUCAGCUCAGGCUCAGGAGUGACGGAGAGCCGAGCAUUGUCAGCAUAGCGAACGCAGUGGCGGCCAAGAGACUCAAGUUCGACGGCAACAAGGUCACAGUGGAGCAGACCCCCAGGUACUCGUCGCAGUCGCUCGGGGCCGUGGGGGCGCAGCAGAAGAUCUUGCAGGGCCAGACCAGAACGAUCAGAGCUGCAACAGAGAAGAUGCUUGGCAUCAAGAUAGGGCCAGGUCAUGUUCUGUGGCCGUGGCUUGUCAGACACGUAGGCUUCAUCGCGGAGAUGUUCCACAUCAAGUCAAAUGGGCGGACUCUUCAUCAAGAUGCGACUGGUACCAAGUACCAUGGCGUCGUCCUGAAGUUCGCAGAGACCGCCAUGUUCAAGCAUCCGAUGUCGUCGAGUGGCCGCAUGUCUGGAGGCAGGCGCAGUCGCAAGUCCAAGUCGAUGUGGGAGAAGGGCAUCUUCUUGGGCAAGACCUACGAGAGUGAUGAGUUCCUCAUGAGGACGAGCAGCGGGGUGCACUUGGUCAGGGCCGUGCGCAGGCUCCCAGAGGAGGACCAGUGCGACCUCGAGCUUGUGGCCAAGAUGGUUGGGGUCCCCUGGGACCGAGGCAUCGGCCAGAUCGGAAGGCCGAAAGGCAAGAGGGUGGUCAUUCUCCCGACUGCCCCACCUGAGAAGAAGCAGGAGGAGACCGAGGUCGACGACACCAAGGAGGAGAAGGGGGUUCCAGACCCCACGGUGGAGAGGGGAGUUGCCGAGGACGGGAACGGCUGCGCGAGUGCCAGGAGCAGGACGGGAAGUUGCUACAUGGAGGACGUGGCGCUCCCCACACCGAGGCAAGAAGUAGGCGGAAGCUCGCCAUCACGUCCUGCCCAGCCGACUGGGGAGUCAGAGGUCCCAGAGGUUGAGAUGGGCACCGUCGGAGGCGUCGACGGCUUCGUGAUGGACGAGAUCGAUAUGAUGCCCGUCAUGGAUCCAGAGAUGGACAUCGAUUGGCAUGAGGGAGAGUACGACGUGGACCUCAUCAAGGCAGGCAAGUGCAAGGAUAUCAACACGAUGCAGGAGUUUGGAGUGUUCGAGGCUGUGUCGCCUGAUGAGAUAGAUUCCACAUGGACGAGGUUAUCGACCAAGGGGGUGUACCAGGAUAAGGGCGAUGAGAUUCGCUGUCGCUUCGUUGCCAGGGAGUUCAAGAGCAUGGACCCCGAACGCGAGGGGCUGUUCACGCCGGCCAGCGAACCCGCGACUGGCAGGUUCAUAGACUUCAAGGCGGUGAAGCGGAACCAGCCCACCGUCAUCAUCGACGCUGUCAAUGCCUACUUCCAUGCUGAACAAGACAGGCUCGUGGCAGUGGUGCCACCUCGGGAGUGGAUCGAGGCCGAGGCAAUCAAGGGCAACACCACGAGGACGAUGUGGAGGAGGAUGAAGAAGCUCUAUGGCGAGAGGGAUGCGAGCAGGGGUUUCAGUGACUUCAUGAACCGCACCCUCGUCUCAGAGAUGGAGUUCGAGCAAUGUCCUGACCAGCCAUGCUUCUACUGCCGAGAGCGGGAUUCAGUGGACCUGGAGCUUCAUCUGGAUGACAUCUACGCGACCGCUGAUGACAGCAAGCUCCAAGCAUUCACGACGGAGCUCAGCAGCAAGGUCAAGAUCAAGGUAAGCAAGUUACUCAAGGUAGGUGCGAAGUGCCAACAUCUGAAAGGAGGGCGAGUAAGAGUCGAGGACGGCAUGUUCUCAACGGGCAACAGGAAGUACGCGGACAAGAUCAUAGAGCUGCUGCACCUCGGCAAGGCAAAGAGCUCGCCCACGCCCAUUGUGACGAAGCUACUGCAGGAGGACUUCGAGCACCCGCUGAUUGCCGAGGAGACCAGUCUCUACAGGCAGUGCGUGGGCAUCGCGAGGUACAUGGUCAACUACGUCACGGAGGUCACUUUUGCUGUCCACGUGCUGAGCAAGAGGUUGGCCACGCCCACCGACUACGACAUGAAGAUGCUCAAGCACCUCGGCAGGCACCUACUUGGAGUUCGAGACUACGCACUGUUCUUUCCCAGAGCUGGAGAGGCAGAUAUUUUGGAGUGCUACACUGAUUCAGAUCGGGCUGGGGACACCAUCGACAGAAAGAGUGUUUCUUGCGGGGUGUUGUGCUGCGGUGGCUGCACGCUUCUCGAGUACUCGCGCGGUCAGUGCACCCAAGCGCUGAGCUCAGGAGAAGCAGAGUACUACGCGUCUGCGACAGCAGCUGCCGAGGCGAUCCACCUCCAGAGCGCGAUGGGUUUCCUGGACAUGAACGUGAAGAUCAGGAUCCGCAUAGACUCCUCUGCGGGAAAGGCGGUCUGCCACCGCGUUGGAGUAGGGAGGAUCCGCCACCUUGAGGUCCGCACCCUGUGGCUCCAGGCCAAGGUGCGAGACAAGAAGCUGGUGGUGAUCAAGCGGGCUGGGGAGACCAACCUGGCUGAUGCGGGAACCAAGGCGCUGACGAGUCAGCGGUUCCACUGGCUGAGAGCACAGCUGGGACGUCGGCCGUUGGCGGGCGCUGAUGACAUGGAGGAGAGCACGGCUGUUCGGGUCAACCUCGUGAGCGACUCGACGUCCAAGAUGGCGAGGGUCGGCGCGGCCCUGAUCGCUCUCCUGGACAGCCUGGGCUCGGUGAAGGCAGACGGUGAGUGCGACGUAUACGGCUACGAGAAGGACAGGAAGGAUAUCAUCCUGCAGGACACCCGUCAAGAGACUGGCGUGCACCUCCAGGGCAUGAUGCUCAUCGUGGUCAUGAUCAUCAUCAUGAUCGUGGCAUGCGCAGCCGGUGGCUGCGUUGGCUGGUGCAUCGGCUACUUCACGAGGCCGAGCCGCACGAGCGAGAGCAGGCAGGAGAAGGAGAAGGUAGAGCUCUCCCAGAGGGCCAUCAAGACCAAGAAGGUGAAGAUCGAGUACAGGACCGUCUCGACCCAGAGCCAGGUGACGUACUCCUGGCAUCGGGAGAGUCCUAG